AUGGAAAACACAAGAACAAAACCAAAUUGGCUUGAACUUCCUAGAGAUGUGACAUUGAACAUCCUACAGAGGCUUCGUACCGUUGAAAUAAUCACAAGUGCAUGUCUAGUUUGCCCUUUGUGGUGGAAUUUCUGCAAGGAACCUUGCAUCUGGCGCACCAUUCGUAUGCAUAUGUCCCUCUAUUCACACUAUGAUAAUGAAGAUUUGGUGAAGAUGUGCCGUUAUGCAGUUCGGAAAAGUUGUGGUCAGCUAGAAGAGAUUUAUAUUUCUUCUUUUGGAAACGAUGAGCUCCUUGAAUACAUAGCAAAUAGUGCAACUCAGCUGAGGCGCGUUGGGCUUGUACAGUUUGAUUAUCUUUCAGAAGAAGCGUUUAUUGAAGCUGUGAAGAAACUUCCACUGAUAGAGGAACUCGAUGUUUCAAAUAACAUAUACCUAUCUAAGGUUUCGUUUGAAGUUGUUGGUUCUUAUUGCCCUCUUUUGAAGUCACUGAAAUACGGCAGAGAUGUGUUAUCUGAGAAUGCUGAGGCGUUUGUUAUUGCAAAAACAAUGCCUGGAUUACGCAGUCUUACAGUUUCAGGAAUUGUGCUUUCUUCUGAUGGGAUUGUUGCCAUUCUUAAUGGAUGUCCACUUCUUGAAUCUCUUGACCUCCGAUAUUGUUCUUCUAUGUAUCCAACUGAAAGUUUGAGGAAAAGAUGCUGUGAGCAAAUCAAAAUAUUUAUGCCUCCCAUGCUUGAAGACUGUGAUUUUUAUUGUUGUGCUGAUAAUUGGGAUAGUGCUAGUUGGUAUAGUGAUUGA